GCUCUUUACCCUCCACAACAAGUUUGCAGCACGCUUAACUGCGUGAACGAGAAAAAAUUAAUGAAGGCUAUGCAGCGCCCUGCUGUUCUGUACACCCUUAACAAUGGCCCCAUUGCCACGUACACAGUUGACCUCAAAUGUGAAGAAUGUAAUGUCACAUUUCAUCACAACUACUAUGUCGACUACAAAGCACCAAAGAAUUCAUGCCAGAGGACCUACUACAAAGGUGUUCCAGACAUCAUUCAUGUGGGUGGACAUCAGUUUGUCGAAACAGCAGUUAUCCGCAUGUGGAGGACUAUGAAUGUUGUGUCUUGGUCAUCAAUGUCAAAUUGCGCUCGUCUGUAUAACCUGGCACUUUCUCAUCAAGCUGUCCCUCCAGAUGACUUUCCUUACAGUUUCUCUCUUUCUGGUGACCAUGUCUGGAGUGGCAUUGUUCAACUCUCACUCCUUGAAGAUCUUCUAUGUCGUGGGGAGACUCUUGCUGUCCAACAUUCAGGUUUGCACCGAGACCGCUUCACUGCAGCCAUUCAAGUGAGGAACCGUAGAAUUCAGUAUUAUGGCCAGGAAGAGCUGUGUCACUACUGCUCUAAAUGCACUUCUUUCUAUGACGAGGACGAUGAUGGGAAGGUGGAUAGCAAGCUGUCUGUUAUUGUCAUAGAUGGUGUCACUGUCGGGCACCCAUGCUGCAGUGUCCAUAACUGCCAUAAUCCGCUUGCCAACAACCGUGACCGUUUUUGUCUCACUCAUAGCUCUCUUGAUGGUGUAUGCACCAUCAUUGGGUGUGACAAUCCCACUAUCCCCGCUGAAGGAUCUUCAACUCAGCUGAGGACGUGCAGCGAUCCGGCUCAUUAUGCUGUUGAGGCAGCAUACACCGAACGUGGACAGGCACGCUUCCAACUCAGAGAACAUCUUGAGCGUGCUCAUGUUUCCAACCCAAGUAGCUCCAAUACCAGAGAUAUAGCUGUGGACGAGAUCGACGAUGAUAGCCCGCUAGAAGAAGAUUUCGAUGUCAACGAGAGAGAUGAAGUUGUCAUGAAUGCUGCUGCCACACCGCAAAGGACGAACCGCAAGGUUAAGGCACAAUUUGGCUGCAAGCGUACACACAACGAACAGCUUUUCGUUGCACCCUGCAGCAUGAUCAUAGCACGAGAGACUUUCUAUGGAGCAGAAGGAGUUGCGAGUGUUAUCAUAUGUUUUAAGUUCAACACCACUGUUAUUGCUAACUUCAGUGUUAUAGGAAAUGAUCAAGUGUGUGUAUCGUGA